AUGGGGAGAAUUAAGAAGGUGGCAAGCCAAAAACAUGAGGCUACGAUCUCACCCUACCUGUCAGAUUUCGUAUCUCGUGCUACAACGAUUCCAAUCCCCGAGCUCCCUUCACACCUUAACACAUUUAAUCGGAUAUGGCCUUUCCCCAGAGGUGACUUGUAUCACUGGAUCAACGUUUUGAACCACUUCGAUGAGAUUUUGGCAUCUGUUAUCGAGAAAUACGCUCUAAACAAUGGCCCCCAAACCCAGUCCUUUGGCAGACGCGUUCUAGUGGAUUCAUAUACGAAGGAUGAAGGUAAAACCGAAGACGCCGAUGCCAAGGUAAAUGCCCUGGGUUAUGGUCCGGAGGGUGACCGGGAGCUUGUGGAAUCAAUCCUUGAUUUCUCUAGGCUCUUGCUAGAAAAAUGUGGCAAUCGCAGCUUGUAUAACAGCAGCGAACGUCUUGGCGAUCUCUUGAAUACUACAUCCCUAUCUCUCCUCCAUUCUACCCUGCGCUUGGCGCUUUCUUUGGCACAAAGAUAUCAUUCUCGCCACCGUGGUGGCUCCCAUAUCCAACAAAGCCUGUUGGCAACUCACUACAACAUCGACUUGGAGAAGUUGCAGAAAGUUGCCGCACCUUUCGCCCGUCCCUUGACCCCUGGCAAGGCGCCUAUUUCUACACCUGUGGUUAAAGGGAAGGAGAAAACAACCCAAACUAAACACAAUGCCAACGAUCUGACAUCUCUCAUUCGGGAAGAUGAUGGCUGGGAUGAGUGGGGCCACGUUCGUGUGCUAUAUUACCCUUCAGACUCCGAUCAGUUGAAACCGACGUCAGAAACUGGCCAGGGUGGACAGAGCUCGCAGACUCCGACCACGCCAACACCCUUACGUAGGAGUCACACUCACCCCACCCCUCAUUUGAGUCGUACCUCAGUUACCGAAGAUUCCCCAAGUGCCGCUGUUAAUACACCUUCUGGGAAGCCAGAAGAGGCGUUGCGAGGUGGCAAGACUCUGGACAUUCCUUACUCUAAGGUCUCUUCAUCGAAAGCUGAAGACCUCCUUUCUUCGAAUUUGGAAGAGGUACCGGCGGAUACAAAGUAUGAGUUGCUCCAUAAAAUUCGCACUGCUCAAGGAUUGGCAACUUCUCGUUCCAGCCGCGAACAGAUCCUUGCGAUCCGAAUUCUGGCAAUCACCAAUCUAGCCUAUGUAUACCCCGAACCCAUAUUCCAACAGAAGAUUCUUCAGAAUGAUAUGGAACAGCCGAAGCGCCUUCAGCUCGCAUAUCAGCUUGCCGAAUUGGUCCACCUUGGUGCAAGUGGUGAUCUUCAGGUUUCAAGGUCUGUACAGACGUUGGCGAUCCAAGGAAUUGAUGCCCUUGCAAAGCACAAAGCACGAGCUAUUGACGUUUGCGCCGCGUUGAGCGUCAAUGUCAACCAUGGCGUUCUCAUGUUCUUGACCCGGAAAGCAGUCAACGAGCUAGGCUUGGAAGAUAGCGACAAAGAUGAUAUUUAUCAGGAUGAAUGGCGUGAUGCUUUGCUUGCUCUUCUUCGAACCCUUCCUAGCUCGAGUACCAGAACCCCGGAGACGCUGGUGGCUGCUGGUUUGAUCCCGAUGUUUGUGGAUGUUCUAAACCUUCGAACUGAGAAAGCCCGACGAGUUUAUUCCCGUAUCAUGGAGUUCCUUGACACUUUUGUUCACGCGGUUCGAGAUGCGCUGGGUACUCUUACAAGUGCCAAAGGAUUCGAUGCAAUUUCAGACCUGAUUGACCAUGAAACCAAGUCUUCCUUCGAGAGCGUAUCGAAGGGGGUAGGCAUUCCAUCUCAGCAUAAGACCCCGUCAAUCGACUAUCAGAUCCCGUAUUUCCAACAGCAAACCCUUCGAUGGAUGUUCCGAUUUGUCAACCAUAUCAUGCAACACAACGGUGGUGGCUUUGAUCGUGUGCUUCGGAAUCUGAUAGACUCACCUCAACUGUUGACAUCCUUACGCUUAGUACUUGAGAACGCUCGAGUAUUUGGCUCACAUGUCUGGAGCAAUGCUGUCAAUAUUCUCAGUAGCUUUAUUCACAAUGAGCCGACUAGUUAUGCGGUCAUCGCAGAAGCUGGCCUUAGCAAGAGCUUCCUCGAGGCUGUUACGGUUUCUGAACUGAAGAACCCUAAAAAGUCGCCAAUUGAGACGGAAGGCGCUGAGACUGAGGGAGAGGCUUCAUCUGAAAUUCCCUCUGCGGUCUCCGGCCCAUCAACAACCGGAAACCAAGAAGGCCGUGAAUAUUGUCUUAUCAGGCCCAAAGACACGAAGUUGGCACCCGGGAUUAUGGCUGCUGCGGAAGCUCUCUCAUGCGUACCGUCAGCCUUCGGGGCUAUUUGUCUCAAUGCCUCUGGCCUGGAGCUUUUUCAGUCGUCGCAUGGUUUGGAGAGUUUCUUUGAGAUUUUUGAGAACCCCGAGCAUGUGAAGUGCUUGAAAGAUGAUCCCAACCUCGUGCGUUCUCUAGGUACAACUUUUGAUGAAUUGGUUCGACAUCACCCUGCACUGAAGUCGUCCAUUAUGACUGCUGUUCUUGUGAUGGUUGCGCGCGUUGGUCUCUUGUGCAAGAGUAAGGCAUGGUCACAUGGCAUGGGGUCGAAAUUGUGGACCGAGGGCGCUCAAGGCAAGCCAAUUGUUUCAGGCGAUAUUGCUCUCUUGUUCAGAGAAAUAGGGACUCCUGUCAAUGUGACGUCCGAUGUUACUCAGCAUCUCGGUGUCCCGGAAUUAAACUCGACUACUCUUCCAAACGGGGAUAAAUUGGCUCUCGGCGAUCUAAGCCAUAUCAUCCCGUCCUCCACUGAUUCCUUUGAGCCGAAGGACCAAGAUGAAUCUGGUCUUACUGCUACGGACUACCUCUACCCAGUCCUGCGAUUCUUGGGAGCCUUUUUUGAAAACCAGUCUAAUUGCACCUACUUCAUUGAAUCUGGAGGGGUUGAAUUCGUGUUGGACUUCGCGACGCUGCAAAGCCUUCCGUUUGACUUCCACAACACAGACGCCAACCAGGAGCUCACUGUUCUAGUCCACAUGCUGGCGGAAACCAAGCCCCAUCUUGUCAUACCUUCUCUUCUUACUCGUGCACAGACCGCAGUUGAUAGCCUCUCUGGCUUCUGGUCGGAGCCCAGAAAUUCUGGUUUCUUCACAUCCCUGAUCAAGCCAGCUCAUGCCGGAAAGCAACCAGAAAAUGAGGCUGGAGUGCUUAGUUCUGCGGGCAUUCCUGGGACACAUUUUGCCAAACAUAUGAUGGCUGCCCUUGUUUUGACAGAUCUUCUCCGCGAAAUCUAUUCCAUGCCAUUGUACCAGACUCGACCUAGCCAGCAAACGUCCGCCUUUGGCCAGGUUAACCUGGCAGAUAGGUACUGCUCUCUUGUCGAAGCCCUUGGAAGUCUCCAUGCUGCGUGCGUGUGGGAGGAAAUAUUGCUUGAAAGAAACAUACCCGACACAUGGGACCAGGCAACGAAAGUGCAAGCCAGCGGAUCUGGCCCCGAAAGAUCCAAUGAUUCUACUGGGUCUCGUACUGAAGAAAACCAAAAUGCGCCUGCAACCGAAUCUUCUCAAGAAGGCACAGCCGCUACAGAUCCUUCUCAAACGCCUGCAAACCAGGAGCCCAAAGAUGGCACGAGCAAAGUUCCCGAAGAUGGCGUUGCUUUCAAGAAUGUACAGACCCUUCGCUAUCUUCUCAGCUCCUUGCCUUCCUCGAUCACGGGCUUCUUCCAUAACCUAGGCCUUGGUCUCAUUGGAAAACGGAGAAUGGAUCUUUACCAGAGACAGAAUGCUACCAUGGUAGCCGACUCCAUUGCAAGUGCUGUGAUGAAACAAUUGCAGUUUAGCCCCCCGAACUCAAGCGAUAACUCGAAGCUACGGUUUGCUUACCUCAUAGUCAUACUUUCGUCCUUUUCGCAUCUGCUUUUCGAGGCCACCGCUGAUCGUCCCCAUUCGCAUUACCUGACCCUGGUUCUUUUCGCGUUCAAGAGGAAUGAUGGGUUGAAGAUAAUGAAGAAUAUUUGCGAUGUUUUCCUCCAAGAGGUUAAGGUCCUCACGCCGCCAGAGUCUGUGUCCGAAUCCGAAAACGAUGUUUCGGCACGACUUACAUCUGCCUACGGCGGCAUCAAGAUUAUCCUUAGCUUUUUCUCCGAACUCGCCUCAGGAAAGAACAUCGUGGAUUCUAGCCAAACGCAAGCUAUGACUAGCAGCGAACGGGAUAGAGACCGCCUGGACUACUUUCAACCUGGCCAAUUUCUGGUGGAUCUCCGCAUGGAGAUAUUGCCGAUGGCACGGGAUAUGUGGAACUCUGAUUUUGGGACACAAUCAUCGAGCUCUGUUAUAAAAUGCUUGAUCGAUAUCCUUCGUUCUUCACUUGAUGGUGAAUACGAAACAGGGGCUGCUCGGCGCACAGAACCCUCUCCUGCACUGACGGAGAUAUCGAGGAAGAAGUUUGUGGUCAACAAAGACCGUAUUGCUUCCCUGCAAGAGAAAGGGUUCGAACAAGACUUGACCAAGGAGGCUCUUUACCGCUGCAAUAAUAUCUACCCCGCUGCCGAAGAAUACUGCAAGGCACAAACCUGGCUACGAGUUCCACCGAGACAUCCGCCUUCUGCUAAUGAUAUCGAAGCUGUGAGAUCCGGCACAACUCCAGGUGGGGAGGCCUCAGAGGACACAACUGUUGGAGACGCCCCACCUUUUGGCAACGGGCUUAUGGAGCGUUCCACGCAUUCCACACUUGCCAUGCUGCUGGCACAAGCUUCAAGCCGACCAGGAGAUGAGGCAUCUCAGCAAGAUCAAGAUCAAGUUAGAGUUGCGGAGAACGAUGUUGGAAAUGGCACCGAAUUUCUGGCAAGAGCCUUGAACCACAUUCUCAACGAUGAGCAGAACCCAGGCGACGAUUCUCGUGAGGCUUCUUCGAGCACCGGUCCCAUAAAUACUCAUCCUCCUGAAGGCUCAUCGUCUGAGCAACCAGCACAGCCCACCAAUCAGCCUUCGGAAUCGCACACCGAACAGCCCACAAGACGGCGUGAACUAACUACGGUCGAAGACUUGGAUGCAGAGCGCGAAGAGGUUCGUUCGAAUCUCAUUGAGCGCUGCCUGGACGUUCUCAAUGAACACCAUGAUGUAUCCUUCGAGCUGUCAGACUUGAUUGCGUCUGCUACGAAGAAACAUCGCGACCCCGAGAGUUUCAGAAGAGAUGUUGGAGAGAUACUUGUGCAGUCUCUGGUAUCUUUGCAAAUGGAAAAUUUCCAAGCAGCCGGAAAGAAGGUUGCUGCUUACGCUCAUAUUCUCGCGUUGGUGCUCCAAGACAGAGACAUGUAUAGUGCCACAUUGGGAGAGUUGAAGGAGUGUUUCACGACUUUCCUUGGGUUUAUCAAUCUGUCAACCCCCGAGAAGUCUGCCGAUGAAUCUUUCCCAUGGAUUGGACAUGUAUUGCUUAUCCUUGAAAAGCUCUUGUCUGACGACUCUCAGCCAACUCAAAUCCACUGGACUCCUCCGAGCAUUGACAAUCCAAACCCCGUGAACGAGGAGCCGGCACAGUUAGAAGAGCCCCUUGUCUCACAUGACCAAAAGGUGCAAUUGUUUGAGGCUCUUGUCGAAAUACUACCCAGGGUAGGAAAAGAUGAUGCAUUGGCACUAUCCGUGUGUCGCAUUCUCGUCAUCCUGACACGAAACCGCCGCAUUGCAACUCGCCUUGGAGAAAAGCGAAGUUUGCAGCGCCUAUUUGUCAUGGUCAAACAGCUUUCCAGCUCUACGAACGAGAAGCUUCAAAGCGCCUUUAUGUUGAUUCUGAGACAUAUUGUAGAAGAUGAGGAUACCAUCCGGCAGAUUAUGAGAAGUGAAAUUGUUGCCAACUUCGAAUCCAAGUCGUCUCGGCAGAUAGAUACCACCGGCUAUGUUCGACAGAUGUAUCACCUUGUUCUAAGAUCACCCGAGCUGUUUGUCGAGGUCACCAAUGAAAAGCUCAAAUUGCAACGUUAUGACACUCUUCAACGUCCCCAGAUUCUUACGUUGAAAUCAGACAAGAACAACAGCUCACCAGAAUCCUCCACUCAGAAUGCCCCAGACAAUGAAAACAAAGGCGGUGAUAACCCCCCAGCAGAUGGUCAGGUAUCAGAAGAUAAAGACAAGGGCAAGGGAGCAGAGCUGAAAGCACCUAUCGUGGAGAACCCAGAUGGCGUAAUUCACUACCUGCUUUCUGAAUUGUUAUCUUACAAAGAUGUUGACGAUAAAGAGCCACCUGCUGAGACCUCGGAUCAACCUGCGUCUGAGCAGCCUGAAGUCCAGACUGAUGUGGAGAUGUCUAAUGAUGCACCGUCACCAUCUGUUUCCAGUACUGAUAUACAAGGUGUACGCAGUUCCAAAAAGUCGGAUAAGUCUACCUUCAAAGCGGAUGAUCACCCCAUCUACAUCUACCGAUGCUUCCUUCUUCAGUGCUUGACGGAGUUGCUCUCAUCAUACAACCGAACGAAGGUUGAGUUCAUCAACUUCUCUCGCAAGGCGGAUCCCCUUGCAACGACGCCUUCGAAGCCUCGCUCGGGUAUCCUUAAUUACCUGCUAAAUGCUCUCGUGCCAAUUGGUACCAUGGAGCAUGAUGAAUCAGUUGCAUUUAAGAAGCGCUCGAACACAUCCGCGUGGACCACUCGGGUUCUUGUUGCUCUGUGUACCAAGACGGGGGAGUUUGGCGGGACUGGAAGGAGACGUAAUGAGCAGAACCAGAAGGAGGAAGACGAGCCUGAACUUGCCUUUGUUCGCAGAUUCGUUCUCGAACAUGCGUUGAGGUCAUACAAAGAUGCCAAUGCAUCGAAUGAAGCCCUAGAUGCCAAAUACUCAAGGUUGAUGUCACUUGCUGAGUUAUUCGACAAAAUGCUGAGUGGGUAUGAUUUUGGCUCUGGGGAAUCCAGCUUCCCUUCUUCCACCAGACAACUUGCCAAGACCAUGUUCGAGAAAAAUUUCAUUGCUGCUCUUACGGCUUCAAUUGCCGACAUUGAUCUCAAUUUCCCUGCCUCCAAGCGGGUUAUCAAAUACAUCCUGCGCCCAUUGAAAAAGCUUACGCAGACUGCUGUCAUUUUGAGCGAGACAUCAGACAUUUCCACUCUCGGAGAAACCGCAGAAGACGAAAUUUCAUCAGCGACUUCGGUUUCGGACAUGGAUGAUGACCGUGAAGAGACCCCUGACCUUUUCCGUCAUUCUACUCUCGGUAUGUUAGAACCUCGCCAUGAGGAGGAGACCAGCUCUGAGGAAUCCGAGGAAGAAGACGAUGAAAUGUAUGAUGAUGAAUACGGAGAGGAGAUGGAUUACGAUGAAGACAUGCCAGAGGACGAUGGGGAGGUCGUUAGUGACGAGGAUGACGACAUUGAAGGCGUUGGGCCUAUUGAAGGUCUCCCUGGUGACAACGGCAUGGACAUCGAGGUAGUCAUCGACGACGAGGACGACGAGGACGACGAAGGAGAAGAUGAUGAUGAUGACGAGGAGUCCGAUAUGGAUGACGAUGAAAUUCUUGCUGGCGAAAUCACCGGUGAUAGAGACAACGAGAGCCUAGGAGAUGGUGAUGAUGAUGAAUGGGAAAGCGAAGAGAUGUCUGAAGACGAUGAAGAAGCCGAGAUGAUGAAUCAAUUCGAAGAUGAAUUGGCCGAUAUCCGACAAGCAGAUCAACAUGGCGAUGGCCAGCGAUUUGAUGAUUUGUUCCGUGUUCUUAACGAAGCCGCUGGAGGCGUCGAGGAUCUCCAUGCUGAUAGCCUUGGAGGAGAUCUGCAUGAGGAUAUUGUUGAUGACGAUUUGAAUGAAGACGAAGGCAUCAUUUUAGAAGACGAGGAAAUCGAUGAGCUCGAAGAUGAACUUGAUGAUGGGGAUGAAGAUCAAGGGUCCUACCAGGGAUUCGAUGGUAACGACUCUUCAGAUGACGAUUUGAUUGAGCCAUGGGGAUGGGAAGCCGAUGAGCCUCCAUUGCCGCGUGGCCACCACCAUCACCGCUUCCGUGGACCUCCCCCAGCGUGGGUAACUGGAAUAAUGCCGAGUCGCCAUGGAAUCGUCCCGAUCCAGCCCUACCGACUCCACCGAACCCAGGUCCCUGCGCGUGGCAACGAUGAUGGGACCAAUCCUCUUCUCGUUCGAACUGACCGUGGGCCUGAGGCUACCGGCCAACCCCGUGGAGCUGGCAACGAAGCUUUCACUGAUUGGGUUCACGGCAUGGAGCCUGUUUCAACUGGACGCCUGCUUCCCAUGGACAGCCCUGUCAGCUUCAUGAACGCCAUCAUGCAAGCCAUUGGAGGUCAAGGCUCUCCAGGCUUCGGGGUGAUCACUCGCCCUGACGGAAUACAUGUCCACGUUGACAGACGAGCUAUCUUGCCUAAUCGUAUCCAGGAUAUCUUCGGACUUGGCAGGCCACAAGCUCCUCCAACCCGUACUCGGGAUGACCCCUCUCAAGCCGUGAGUUUUGCACUAGCGACAACUAGAACCCGUUGGCAAGAGGAAGCACGCAUGCUUUUCAGUAGCACAUACGUGGAGAAGACGCAGCGUGUGGUCAACUCCGUGUUGAAGAUCCUGGUGCCUCCCGCAAUUGAGGAAGAGAAAAAGCGACAAAAGCAAGUCGAGGAGGAGCGCAAGCGACGCGAGGAAGAAAGGGCAGAGCGAGAGCGGCAAGAACGUAUCGCCAGAGAAGAAGAAGAGAAAGAGCGCAAGAGAAAAGAAGAGGAAGAUAAUGCUCGGCGACAGCAAGAAAGGGAGCAACAGGAAGCAGAGCGACAAGCUGCUGGGGUGAUUUCUGAGCCAAUGGAUGAUGUGCAACGUACAGAGUCCGCUGCUGAGGCUGCUGCGCCCCCACCUCAAGCUGACGCUGGUCCUGCUGAGCCUGCCCAUCGGGUUCACACGACAAUUCGAGGUCGUCAGCUUGACAUUACGGGAAUGGAGAUCGACCCCGAGUAUCUCGAGGCCUUGCCCGAGGAGCUUCGGGAGGAGGUUAUUAUGCAACAGCUUGCCGAGCAGCGUUCUCAAGCUGCCGCGGCUGGUGAAGAGCCAAGCGAGAUAAAUCCUGAAUUUUUGGAGGCUCUUCCCACAGAAAUUCGCGAUGAGUUGUUGCAACAAGAGGCAGCAGAUCGCCGCCGCCGGGAACGCGAACAAUCGCGCAGACAAGCCGCGCCUGUUGGUGCAACAGCCCAUGCAGAAGAUAUGGAUGCUGCCAGCUUCCUCGCUACCCUGGAUCCCUCGUUGCGGCAAGCUGUUCUCGCUGAUCAACCGGAAGAAAUACUUGCGACCCUGGGCCCCGAGUUCAUUACUGAAGCACGCGCCCUUCCUGGAAGACGACUGGCUCAGUUUGGCGAUAUGCCCCGAAUCGAGCAUCGCCCAAGAAACGAGCCAGUUGAAGAGGAGGAGCCCAAGAAGCCACAAAGGCGCCAAAUCGUCCAAAUGCUCGACAAGGCGGGUGUUGCAACACUCCUACGCCUUAUGUUCAUGCCUCUCCACGGAAAUGCCCGUCAUCAGUUGAACGACAUCUUGAGCCAUGCCUCCGAAAACCGUCAGAAUCGGAUUGAGGUCAUUAGCCUUCUGCUCUCUGUCCUGCAGGAUGGAAGUGUGGACGUCUCCUCAAUCGAGCGUAGCUUUGCUCAACUUUCGCUCCGUGCCAAGGUUCCUUCAGUGCCCAAGACACCACAAUCUGUCAAACGGAAUUUGUCCUUCCAGGCAGCUUCGAAUGUCAGCAAUGAAGUAACACCAACCAUGGUGGUACAGCAGUGCCUGGGAACACUUUCUUUCUUGUCUCAGUACAACCCUCAUAUCGCAUGGUUCUUCCUGACCGAGCAUGACCCUUCAUCUACCCUGAAACUAAAAGCAUUCCGCAAAGGCAAAGGCAAAGAGAAUCGUGCCAACAAAUUCGCGUUGAAUGCUCUGCUUUCGCUACUCGACAGGAAGUUAAUCAUGGAAAGUCCGAACUGCAUGGAGCAGCUUUCGAGUCUUUUGAGUAGCAUCACGCAGCCACUCACCUUGCUUCUUCGGCGUGAGAAGGAAAAACAGGAGGAAGAAAAGGGCAAGAAGCCCGAGGGCGUGCAAGAAGCUGAGCGUCCCGAGGAACAGGCACAGCCAGUGCAAGCCUCCGAGACCACAGAACCUGCUGCUUCCGGAGCAGAUGCAACUAUGACCGAUGCUCCUGUUCCUUCUGUUGAGAACCCAGAAGUGCAAGGCGUGGAAACAAUUGCAGAGACUGAAGAUGGCGCGUCCGCUAAGGCCAACAAGUCGGAACCGAAAAAGAAGCCAGCCGACGAUGAGAAGCACAAGAGGAAAACGAUCGAACCUCCCGUUGUGCCGGACCACAAUCUUCGGCUGGUUGUUCAUAUCCUCGCAGCUCGCGAAUGCAAUGGAAAAACAUUCAGAGAUACUCUUUCAACCAUCAACAACCUUUCAGCUAUCCCAGGUGCACGAGACGUGAUCGGGAACGAGCUGGUUAGCCAGGCUCAAAGCCUCAGCACUACAAUUUUGACCGACCUGGAAGAACUCUUGUCCCAUAUUCACCAGGCUCAGACAGGUACUGAUAUGCAAGGGCUUGCUUUGGCGAAGUUUUCUCCAGCCAGCUCUGACCAGGCGAAAUUGCUACGAAUUUUGACCGCACUCGAUUACUUGUUUGAUCCCAACCGUGCCGAUAAGGUCAAAGGGGCUGAACCUGACCCUGUUGCCAAGGAAGAUGUUCUGCAACAGCUGUAUGAGAGUUCUACUUUUGGGCCUCUGUGGACAAAGCUCAGCGAGUGCUUGUCCGUUAUUCGCCAAAAGAAAAACAUGCUGAACGUGGCAACUAUUCUUCUUCCUCUGAUCGAAGCGUUGAUGGUUGUGUGCAAGAACACCACCUUGAAGGAAACCUCUCGAAACAGCCGAGAGCUCUCCGUGUCGACCACAUCUGUUGAUGCCGGCCUGAGCAUGGAGGGUCUGUUCUUCAAGUUCACUGAGGAACACCGCAAAAUCCUCAACGAGCUCGUUCGUCAGAAUCCUAGACUGAUGAGUGGCACUUUCUCGCUGCUAGUUAAGAACCCUAAAGUCUUGGAGUUUGAUAACAAGCGCAAUUACUUUACUCGCCGGAUACAUUCUCGUGGUGCUGAGCCUCGUCACCCACACCCACCUCUUCAACUCUCUGUCAGGAGAGACCAGGUCUUCCUUGACUCCUUCAAAUCUCUAUAUUUCAAGACAGCAGAAGAGUUGAAGUAUGGAAAGUUGAAUGUCCGCUUCCAUGGUGAAGAGGGUGUUGAUGCAGGCGGUGUAACGCGAGAGUGGUUCCAGGUUCUCGCCCGUGGCAUGUUCAACCCCAACUAUGCCUUGUUCAUUCCCGUUGCUUCUGACAGGACAACUUUCCACCCGAACCGUCUGAGUGGUGUUAAUUCAGAGCAUCUGAUGUUCUUCAAAUUUAUUGGACGGAUCAUCGGUAAAGCUUUGUACGAGGGCCGCGUCCUUGACUGCCAUUUUAGCCGGGCAGUUUAUAAGUGCAUUCUCGGAAGGGCUGUGUCCAUUAAGGACAUGGAGACGCUCGACCUUGAUUACUACAAGUCUCUACUUUGGAUGCUCGAAAAUGACAUCACCGAUAUCAUCACGGAAACAUUUGCUAUUGAGACGGAUGACUUUGGAGAGAAGCAAGUGGUCGACCUCAAAGAAAACGGACGUGACAUCCCGGUGACCCAAGAGAACAAGGAGGAGUACGUACAGCGCGUGGUCGACUACCGCUUGGUUCGAUCUGUCAAGGAGCAACUUGAUAAUUUCCUCAAAGGCUUCCAUGAGAUCAUCGCACCAGACCUGAUCUCCAUCUUCAACGAACAAGAACUCGAACUGCUGAUUUCUGGUCUACCAGAGAUCGAGGUGGAUGACUGGAAAAACAACACCGAGUACCAUAACUACUCGGCCUCAUCACCCCAGAUCCAGUGGUUCUGGCGUGCAGUCCGCUCGUUUGACAAGGAAGAGCGUGCCAAGCUGCUUCAGUUCGUCACUGGAACGAGUAAAGUGCCACUGAACGGCUUCAAGGAGCUCGAGGGUAUGAACGGAGUAAGCAGGUUCAAUAUCCAUCGCGACUAUGGAAACAAGGAUCGUCUUCCCAGCUCGCAUACGUGCUUCAAUCAACUUGAUCUUCCAGAAUAUGAGAGUUACGAGACUCUCCGGCAGCGUCUGUACACAGCCAUGACAGCCGGUAGUGAAUAUUUCGGGUUUGCAUAG